UAUUCCCCAUGAAGCGCCGCAUUGUUUCAGACGCUUCCACGAGGAGUUCUGAAGCUGGUGCCCUUCGGACGCCGGUCAAACGGCGGCAAGACAUUCCCCCGGCCAAAUCCCGGCGAAAAGAUGGCGGCAGUGCAGGCGAUUUCAUCAUUAAGGAUCCAUAUGAGAAACGUUCCCAGUCACCUGGGCUCAAGAAUCCUGGGGGAAAUGUCCCAGUUCCACCUCAGGCAGCUUUGGAAAGCAUGAGCAAGUUCUGGAAAUUUCUAGAAAGUGCUCAUGAUGGAAACAAAGGCUGGAGUGGGAUCUCCAAACUUGCAUGCUCCUUGCCUGAAAAUGAGUUCAAGGAUAAGUUGUGGAAGGCGUACCGGAACCAAGUGGUGCCCUUGGAGAUGGCGACCCCGACCUGCAGCAAGCUGUAU